ACUCGGUUGUUUGGCCUGUCGGUUGCCUGCGAUGUCAACGAACCCGUUGGUUUUUGUGCUGUUCUAAAAUUUAUUGUUUCGUGCGGUAUAUCUUGAUGGAUAUUGAUCAGUCAUGCAUUUGAAUAUUGCUUUGUUUACUGAAUUAUCUUGAAAUAGUUGUGACAUAGAUGGAUGCUAAUUGAUGAAGCCUUUUUUGAAGUUCACAGCAGGUAGUCAAUGCGACAGGAAGCAGUGCAGACGUUAGUGGAAUUUUUGGUGAAGUAAUGCUUGGAAGGCGUUACUUCAGCUGGGAGGAAUUUGAGAAAGCAUUAGAAGAAUUUCAAAAAGUGAGGAAGUUAUUUAAUGCUAACAAUGUAGUUGUCCUGCACUCACUACGUCCGUAUUCAGAGCAAAAGAAUAGCGGAUGAUAUAUUCAAGUACGCAUGUGUUGGUUUUAAAUGUACUUUUGGAGUGCAUCGUGUAAGGCCUGGCUUGAAAUUGAGAAACAAGUCGUAAGAAGAAUUAUACUAUGCUAUUAUGAAUAUUUAAGGUCUAAAUGUUGCAAUUGUCCUUCUUCGAUUCGGGUGGUUUUGCAUAUUAGUGAAUACGUAAUUACUGCUCACAAAAUGGUGCAUAACCAUCCAUGCGAUAGGGUGUACAUGCAGAAUGACCCCUGGUAUAGAAGACUAACAGUAGAAGAGAAAGAAAACUUGGAACCCCUUCUUCAGCAAUCGCACUCAUCCGAUGAAAUAAUUGCGCAUGUUAAGGAAAAAUUCCGCAAGGAUAUAACUCGUAGUGACGUUAAAAAUAUGAAAGCCCUAGUUAAUAAAGGUAUGUCGAGCCGUCGUGACAUUUUUGAUUUCCUGAAAUGCCGUGGGAAGUUAAUGGAGUAUUACUCAGAUGAACCUACGCGGAAUUCACUAACAAGAGUCUGUUUUUCAACUAAUGAGCAAAUCCAGUUGUAUAAACAGUUCCCGGAGGUUGUCGGUAUUGACUCUACAUAUAAUACGAAUAAAGGGAAGUAAGUUUACCAAUUCAUUAAUCAACAUGCAGGUAUUCAUUGUUCCAAUUACUUGUGACGGAUAAUUUUGGU